GAAGGCCCACUGGCAAUGGGAGGCUCCAGGGUGAAGGUGGGUGCUGUGUCUCUUGUGUCUCUUGUCCUCUUGGUGUUUGUGCUCCACUCCAAUGCCCAGGAAGACUACUCCGGUGUUACCCAUUCAGGUGAAGACCAUAUAUAUGAAGGCUCUAUAGUAAAUGGAUAUGAAGAAGAGUCUGGAGACCUACAGCAUGGUGUCACCAUGAUCACGGAGGAGACCUACCCAUAUGAUCGCACCACAGAUGCAUAUGAUUAUGCCAAAGAGGUGACCACUCUGACCACCCAUGUCCCGUAUGGUGAGAAUGCUGUUCUGGGGGAGGAGGGACCCACAGAGUGUGACUGUGAACCAGGAGAACCUGGGUUUGCUGGAUUUCCUGGUUCCAAGGGUUCUGUAGGGCCACAAGGAAAACAGGGAUUCCCUGGUGCUCAAGGCAGGGAGGGUUAUAAAGGAACCAAAGGGGUUAGAGGACGAGGAGGAGAUCCAGGCCCUGAAGGUGAUCCUGGACCUGAUGGAGAAGAUGGUGGAUCUGGUUUUUCUGGUGCAAUGGGUGUACCUGGGCUUCCUGGAGACCCAGGUGAGAGGGGACAGCUUGGAUUAAAGGGUGAUAUUGGGAUGGAAGGUCCUCGUGGAGGAGUUGGGUUUCCAGGAGAGAUUGGGCCAGUUGGUCCAAUUGGCAGACCAGGAACUGUGGGAAGUAAAGGUAUUAAGGGCUCAGCUGGAAAACAGGGGAAGCAGGGGCCUCAGGGACGACAGGGCCCAAAGGGUCAGACUGGAGCACCUGGUUUUCCUGGGGAUGUUGGGGAACAGGGUUAUAUUGGUUAUCCAGGUAUACCAGGAGACUUUGGAGUGCCAGGGCCAAAGGGUGAUGAAGGAACUAGUGGGUUGCCAGGAAGUGAUGGAGAUCCUGGAGAGGAUGGUCCAUUAGGAGUUCCAGGAAUUGAAGGGCCACCAGGACCAAUUGGACCAAAGGGUAUUAAAGGGGAAGUUGGACAGAGAGGACAGCCUGGGAGAGUGGGGGCUGGGGGCCCACAAGGGGAAAGAGGUGAUUCAGGAAUUCCAGGAAAACCAGGUCCAAAAGGCAUGAACGGUCCAACUGGUGCCAAAGGAGAAACUGGAGCAGAUGGCAUUGAGGGUGAAGUAGGAAGAAAAGGCGUGAAAGGGGUUAAGGGAGAAAAGGGAAGUUCAGGCUCCCGUGGUGACAAGGGGGAGCAAGGACAGAAAGGCUAUAUCGGGCCUGUUGGGCCUGCUGGGCGGGUGGGACCUCCAGGUGUCCCCGGCUCCAGGGGUGAUGCUGGUCCUGCUGGGGACUUGGGUGUGAAAGGACCCAGUGGACCAAAAGGAAACCCAGGUCAACCUGGUCCUAGUCUGACAGAUGAGCAAGUUCUUCAGCUGUGUCGAGGUGUGGUCACUGCCCAAAUCUCUCAGUAUGCCUCCUCUAUUCGAGCUAAGUGUUCACAGGGCUGUCCUAUCAACAACCGUACCUUAAUUGGACCACCUGGACCCCAAGGGCCUUCUGGUAAUCCAGGCAAAGCUGGAAAAUCUGGCAAGGUUGGAGCUAAAGGAGCCAGAGGGCCUAGAGGUGUAACAGGUGUAGAAGGACAGAAGGGAGCACAGGGUGACCGAGGAACAAAGGGUCAAAAAGGACAGCAAGGUGACCCUGGCCAAGGACUUCCUGGGCAAGAUGGUCACCAAGGCCUCAGAGGUCUACCAGGUCAUCCAGGAGUGGCUAGUAAUGGACUUGAGGGACCUCCAGGGCCUCGUGGGUUCCCAGGUCCUGUGGGUCCGCCAGGUAUGGCUGGUAGUCCAGGUGUACCAGGAGUGUGUGAGGCACGGGACUGUAGCAUUCAUGCACCUGUUGUGCGCAAGGAGCAAGGACUAGUAAAGGGCCCUCAAAAUACUGGGUUUUAAGCACAAACAAAGGAUGUUUAGCAUUUGGUCUGCUCCACAAGAGAAACAUAAACAAGCAGUGGUCAAGAGCACAUUAUGAAAGAAAGGAGAGAAAAAGCUGAGCCAAACCUCCCUGAGAAUUUGAUCCUUUUCAUUUUAACAAUCUGACUAUGUGUUUAUUUCUAAAGGAAAGACACAUGACAAUAAAUGAAGUUAAGUGUAUAAACUCCGAAUAGUCAAAAUGCCUUGUGCCUUAUCCUCCACUUAGGAGGAUAAAUCUGAUGAUGAUUUCAGUGUCAGAGGAGCUGUGGUUCCACUAAAAAUAAAGAAGACAUGUAAAUAAUAUUGUAAUACAUCUUAUGUACAUGUACUGUUUUACUAAAUAUCUUUGUUCAAGAUAAAUGUGUGACUUUUUCAAAA